AUGAAGCAUCCCAUCGUAUUACUAUCCGCCAACCAAGUUACUCAAUUACUAUUUAAAUUUGAACAUGUCAGGUUACUGCACGUGGGACCAUUGGCAUUGUUAGCACAUAUCAAUAAUCAUUAUUGGGUCAUUAGAGGUCGGUGCAUAGCAAGAUCCACUGUAGGUCGCUGUAUUCAAUGUUUCAAAACCAGUCCUAGAUUUAUAUCCCCAUUCAUGGCACCCCUUCCACGUGAGAGAGUGAUCAUCGCAAGACUUUUUGCACGAACUGGUGUAGACUAUUGUGGCCCGGUCAUGGUGCGAAGUGGAUUGAGGAAGGUUACUCCUCUGAAAAGUUACGUGUGCGUUUUCAUCUGUUUAGUAACCAUAUACAAUAUCAAUACAUCUCGAGUUAGUGUCGUCAUUGUCAGCAGACGAUUUCAUUAG